AACGCUGUGCUUUUGAAAUAUCACUCUAGAGCGGAACUUAUUUAACUCUGCAGUUAACUCCAUUGAAACGAUGAGAAAAAGGAAUUCCUUGGAGGACUCCGUUUUUCGUUUUGAAAGUCAGAACAGCUCCCGAAAGUCAAGUAAUGACCCUUCAGUCAGCCCUACAGAGAGUUUUGGAUCAGUAUUUUUAAGUUCAGAUGGAGAAAAUGGAUCAGAGGAAAAAAGAAAGACAGGAAAAUCACCUACUAUAUUGCUGCAGACCCCUACCGCUGAAGUGGAGUGUUUUGAUGACCGAAAAAAAGUUGGCGUUGCUAGGAUGAAGAACAGUGCUGAUAGUCCACCCAUGACAAUGGACAUCAAGAGUGACUCCAAGAUUGAGAGGAAAAAACGUGUCUCAAAUCAGCUGAAGGCAAAUGCACACUUUCAUAAGCUGUUUAUGGAGGUUCCCAUUGAUGAGCCACUGAAACAAAGUUUUACCUGUGCUCUGCAGAAAGAAAUCCUGUACCAAGGAAAGUUAUUCCUUUCUGAAAACUGGAUUUGCUUCCAUUCCAAGGUUUUUGGUAAAGACACUAAGAUUAGUAUACCUGUGCUCUCAGUGACACUAUUAAAGAAAACCAAAACUGCCCUUCUUGUGCCAAAUGCUCUGAUCAUAGCAACGGUCACAGAUAAAUACAUGUUUGUCUCCUUGCUCUCCAGAGAUACCACCUACAAGCUAUUAAAAUCCAUCUGUAGACAUCUUGAGGAUACGAGUGUCGGCAACAGCCCCAAUCCCUCUUCUGCUGAAAAUAGUUUCAGGGCUGAUCGUCCAACUAUUCUGCCUCUGGAUUUCAAUGAAGACUAUUCUGAUCUGGACGGUAUAGUGCAGCAGCGGAGGCAAGAGAUGGAGGAGUCCAGCAGUACAGGCUCCCAGACUCCAGAGCUGGAACACUUCCAAGAUUUUCAUGUUGUUGAGACACAGACCCACUUGAAAGUUUCCAAGACUGAGGCAAAGUCCGUCCGUUCAGAUGUACACAGUAAGCGUGUACCUGAAGGAAAAGCCAGGAACACUCCUCGAAAUGCAGGUCAUUCUGAAGCCUUCAGGUUCUUCCACAAAGUGAAGUCUCAGAACCUUUUAUCUCUGAACCAAAUACUUAUAUUCUAUGCAGUUCUUGUCUGUGUAUUAAUAUUUUCUACCUUCUACAUGAGAUACAAAAUCAAUGUCCUAGAGGAACGUCUUAUUUCCAUGACAUCCUUUGACUCGCAUGUUAAGGAACGACCAGCGCGCCAAGGUUUGGGAUCUCAUCUGCAAAUUAAUGCUGAUGCCCUCUGUGAUGAGUUAACUGCUAAUCUUAUAAAACUGGAAAAGAUACAGAACAACUUACAAAGACUGCUUGAAGAUGGUGAAUGAAAUGUUGAUGUUCUUGGACUGCUUCAGACCUCUGUCUUCUGCUCCUGACAAACAGUUCCAAAAGAGCUCUGCUGGCCAGAGCUCAAGCUUCUUAUUUUUGAUCCAAGCCAAGUUAACUACUGUAUAUCACAUUUCAUAAUGUAGAAAGACAGUCUAUUCUUGAGGAAUUACAUAUAUUUUGAAAAUAAGUUUUCUUCUCUAUUGAUGUACAAAAUAAUGGGUUUUAUAGCUUGUUUGAUUCUAGACUUGCUUUACACCACUGUAAACCUGGUGUAACUGCAUUUACCUCAGCAUCUCUUUUUCUGUCCUUUGUCAUACAAGCAUAAAUGGGAAGAAUUUCAGUCGUUGACCCAUCAUGUGCAAAAGUAUGUUGUGUGAAUGAGCUAGGUAUCUGUCUCACAACUGUGGCUCUAAAUCAAUGCUGUGCUCUUGGUUUUCAUGCCUUUCAGACCUAGCAUCCCAAAGAUUGGGGAACAGACGUCUCUGGAUUUAAUUCUACGGGGUGCUGAGUGUUCAAUAUGUGCUUAGUUCUCAGGUGCUGUAAAUAGGCUCAAUUCUACUGUCUGUGGCACUGCAUCACUGCUGAAGGUGAGGUCUGUUGCUACUGAGUAUUCAAUUUCCAUUGAAGUCAAGCUUGAGAUAAGUACAGACGCACCAACUUAACAAUCAAACUACUUGUAGUUAGCAGUCUGGCUGUGACGUAUCUGCACAGCUUAGAAAAGCUGCUACAUUUUCUGUCCACUCAUACAGUCUCUCCAUUAAGUUACUCUGUGCUAAGAGCUGCAGUCAGCAUUUCCCAGAGUUACGUGAAGUCUUGGUUGGCUGAGCGAGUGCAAUUCACGUUCCAGUUAAGGGACAUCUAGUCCUUGUCUGUGACUCCAGAGACUGGAUGUUUCCACAUAAUAGGAACUGGUGAAUUAGUGAUGUAGCAUUAGAAAGAGUUUCAGUAGAGUGAAUGAAAGAAUGUGGAUGCCUGCUUUAUUGUUUUCACAGUGCCUGAGAUGGGAUAACUGCUGAUUUUUAGCUUUCUGAAUCACCAAGCAGGCUAGUUAGUUUUAAAAAGCAAUAUUUAGGAUUAUUAUCAAUUAGUAUCUGUAAAAUAACAGCAUUGUUUUUAUAUGCUAUGCAUUCUACAACCAUUUCUGUGAAAUGUAUCUUUUGUUUAA